GAGCUUUGUCAGUUAUUGUUCUCACAUUAGCGUCAGUGCUUCAGCGGCAGAGCUGUGUACGGUCAGCUUGCGAAUUCGUACGGACUCGAAGUGUCUGUGUCAUGUGAACGACAAGCUUUAAGACAAGUGUAGGCUGCUCGCAAAGGUUCUCAACAGCACCCAAGUUGGUGCAUAGCAAAGCUAAAUGGAAGCCAUUUGGUCCAGUGCCAUUCCAGCGGAACGCGAUUUUUCCCAUUUGAAAUUCCGGACAGGUCUAUGGAAGUGCAUGUUCGGCUGCCCCACAGGCAGGAACCGGCCUAAGCACAUCCACAGCCUGGAGCUGGUGGCCCACUGGGGGCAUGUUCACUGACGGCUAACUAACUCCGUGGCCUCAGAUCCUGCUGGACUAAAGUGAAAGUUUUCGUCUUCUGUCAGGGAGCUCUUUGUUUCUCGGAAGCUACAGCAGCUCUGCCACACUCUCUCAGGACCACGUUUGUCUUUUGUAACUAUUCUCCGAUUAUGCAACACUGUUGCUCAAUUAUUUAACUUGUGAUAAAUGAUUGAAGCAGGCUGAGCUGCACACAUCUUUAAUGUUAGCAGGUCCAUGUCAGGCACCAGGGUCAGCAAACAGUCAGCAUGAAAGAUGUGAGUGCGCAUGUGAAGACUUGGUUUCAUGUUUCAUGUAUUUGAUUGGUAUAAUUUGUGAUAUGUGAUCUGUUUUUAUUGAUUAGCCUGUGAGAGUUAAGCGGCUGUAUCAGACAACACUUUGAACUCUGAAACGUUGUAUUUGUCUCUCUGACCUUAGAGACAGUUUGAGACAGAGGUGAGGGAGAGUAGAUCUAUUAGACAGAGGAUGAUGAAGAUGGAGCUGCCAGGCAAGAGGAAGACCUCAGAGGUGGUUCGUGGAUUUAGUGGAGAAGGAUGUGCAGAGGGUUGUUGUGACAGAGGAUAGUAGGUAGGGAGGGGAAAGAUGGAGGAGCUGAAAGGAGAGAAGGAAUGGUUCCUCACCUCACAAUUGAUUUUCUAGAAAAUUAUUUGGAUAUUUAAAAAACGUAAAGUUCAAUAAAUUUGACCUAAAGAGUUUCUUUUUCUCAGAGUUUGUAGCUUGUGUCUUACAGCUGACCCUUUUAUCCUUUGUCUCUAAAUCAUCUGAGACGUAAUGACUUCCUUUUUGUUCUAAGAAAAACUUUUUGGAAACCUUUGGCUUCUAAUUUCUUCUUCAGUUUCUUGCACAUAAAAAUUCUGGGUGGGCCAUGCUGAUGUGGAUGUCAGUCAGUAUUUACUCACUAAGCACAUUGAAGUUUUUGGUGGUUGACUCGGGCUGAGCAGGCCGCCAAGCUUGCAUUACUCUGGCAGAUCCCUGGGCAGUUGUAUAGGAGAGAGUGCUGUAGGUACCAAGCAAAGCUGCCAUGUCGGUGACUGUUCACGAAAAUCGGAAAUCCCGCACUAGCACAGGCUCCAUGAACAUCUCAUUGUUCCACAAGCCUUCACAUCCCGACAGUGUCCUGACUCAUUUGAACACCAUGAGAAAACAAUGCAUGUUUACUGAUGUCACUCUGUGGGCCGGCGAUCGCUCUUUCCCAUGCCACAGGGCUGUCCUGGCAGCAUGUAGUCGUUACUUUGAAGCCAUGUUUAGCGGAGGGCUGCGAGAAAGCCUGGACACUGACGUCAAUUUCAGAGACAGUAUACACCCCGAGGUCCUGGAGCUUCUGUUGGACUUUGCCUACUCUUCCCGAGUGAUCAUAAAUGAGGAGAACGCAGAGUCGUUGUUGGAGGCUGGCGACAUGCUGCAGUUCCACGAUAUUCGGGAUGCAGCAGCAGAGUUCUUAGAAAAAAACCUGCACGCGUCCAACUGCUUGGGAAUGAUGCUGUUAUCAGAUGCUCAUCAGUGUAAAAGACUGUACGAGCUGUCGUGGAGGAUGUGUCUGGUGCACUAUGAGACGGUGAGAGAGUCUGAGGAUUUCUACAGUCUGUCCAAAGACCAGCUACUGGAGCUGAUUCUGAGUGACGAGCUGGAGAUAGAAGAUGAACAGGUUGUGUUUAACUCUGUGAUGCGGUGGGUUCGAUACGACUUGGAGGGUCGGCGUCUUCAUUUGCCAGAGCUGCUGACAGGCAUAAGGUUGGCUCUACUGCCCUCGGAGUGUCUGCUGGAGGCUGUAGCCUGUGAGGAGCUGAUUAUGGCUGACAAGAGGAGCAGGUCCAUAGUAGAAGAGGCAAUGCAGUGUAAGAAGAAAAUCCUUCAGAAUGAUGGAGUAGUGACGAGUCCUUGUGCCCGACCACGCAAGGCAGGACAUACGCUACUUAUACUCGGAGGCCAAACCUUCAUGUGUGACAAGAUAUAUCAGGUUGAUCAUAAAGCCAAGGAGAUCAUACCGAAGGCAGACCUUCCCAGCCCUAGAAAGGAGUUCAGUGCCUGCGCCAUUGGUUGUAAGGUUUAUGUGACAGGAGGUCGAGGAUCAGAGAAUGGAGUGUCUAAAGAUGUCUGGAUCUAUGACACUGUCCAUGAAGAGUGGUCUAAAGGAGCACCCAUGCUAAUAGCCAGGUUUGGCCAUGGUUCAGCUGAGCUGGAGAACAGUCUGUAUGUUGUUGGAGGGCAUACAGCCAUAGCUGGUGUCUUCCCUGCUUCACCAUCUGUCUCUCUGAAACAGGUGGAGCGGUAUGACCCUCUCAAUAACAAAUGGACCAUGAUGGCUCCACUAAGAGAUGGCGUCAGUAACGCUGCUGUGGUCUCUGCCAAACUCAAACUCUUUGUUUUUGGGGGGACCACCAUACACAGAGACAAAGCCUCCAAGGUCCAGUGUUACGACCCCGUAGGAAACCGCUGGAACAUCGCGGCCGAGUGCCCUCAGCCCUGGCGCUACACGGCAGCUGCUGUCUUGGGAAGCCAGAUCUUUAUCAUGGGCGGCGACACAGAAUUCACAGCUGCCUCUGCUUAUCGCUUUGACUGUGAAGCCAAUCAGUGGACUCGAGUGGGCGACAUGACGUCCAAACGGAUGAGCUGCCAUGCCGUGGCCUCGGGAAAUAAGCUUUAUGUGGUUGGAGGUUAUUUUGGGACGCAGCGGUGUAAAACACUGGACUGUUACGAUCCCACGUCAGAUAGUUGGAACUCCAUCACCACUGUACCUUAUUCACUGAUCCCCACAGCCUUUGUCAGCACAUGGAAACACCUGCCUGCCUAACUGUGAGGUACCAGGAGACACUCAUCCCAGGAGGAGAAACUCUGAGAGUGGCCGAAGCGCCACACAGACCAAGCUUUCUGAAGACGAAGCAGCGUGUCACACACUCUGAAACAAUGUGAGUGGUGUGGUUAAAAAACCCCACAGUGCACCACUCAGGUCUGAACACAGACAAUUACAGUGCUUCCUGAUGACAUACAAACACAGAGACUGUGUGUGUGCGUGUGUUUCUUUAGUGUCUUAUGAGUCAAACCAUUCCAGUAAGAAAUCAAACUAAGAGCUGCCAUGUUUACUUAAGUCAUUUUCCUCAGAAGUCCAGCAAAAUGAAAUGAAAGCAAAGAAUAUGUUCACUGCAGUAUUGAAUAGUCAAUGAUGUGAUGGAGGUUUCUGGCUUUUGCAGUGCUAGGUUUUAUUUGUUCAUUUUUUUUUUUUUUUUUUUUUUCUUCGUAAGAGAUUUUCCAGUUCAUACAGAAACAGGUGCAGCGCAGGCCGAGUUUAGCCUGAAUUAUCCGGUGGUAAAGAAUCAUUUGCUAAAAUGAAGUUGAAUUACUCAUGCUACUUUCUAAAAGUCCUCGUUGAUGUCACAGCAUUAGCAGCUCUCCACACACGAUCUAUUUAUUCACCUCUGCAGCAGUGCAGCUCGUCACCAGAGGAUGUGGACAUGACUGCACAGCAAGCAGUCUGUGUGGUAGACUGUACAGAGCUGUGACGUCAAAGCGAUUUACUCAGCACCAAGAAAAUAAGCAUCAAAGAUCUACUUUUUGGGCUUGGAUUCAGCUGUGAUGGACACCUGGUUGAUUAACAUUUCAGAGUGCAUUUGCAGUCCUCUGUAUUUCCCGUGACAUGAUUACAUUAUGAAUGAAUGUGUGCAGCUGAGCAAGUUUUCAGUGGUUUGAAAUCUGAGAAGCACAGCGGCCUUGUUGAGUAUGUCCUGCAGACACGCUCACUGCCAUUCAAACACUGCUCUGUAUUUUCUCUGUAGCACCUAAAGACUUUUAAUCUUCAACAGUGAGUUCGUGUGCGUGAGUGUGUGAAUGAGUGAUCAGUGUACAGUGUUUCCCCGUGCUCAAACUAACACAACAAAUGAAUGAACACGGUUUGUGACGCACACAGUUGCACCGCCGUUGCUAUGUUGUACUGGCUCUGUCAGUGUACAGUGUUUACUAAUGUCGGGAGCGUCUUUGCACUCGUCCUCUCUACAACUGUUCAUGAAGACCUUGGAUGGACCCUUCUGAGCUGCAUUUGCUUGUUUUCCCAAGUUGGAAUUAAACUGUAUCUCAGAAGAAAGACUGAAGCAUGCACCAGUGAAUCUGGGAAAUCUGAGGAUGAACAUGUUUCUUAAAGUGAGGUUUUCCAGAUGAUUUUGAAAAGUUUUUUAAGUGUGGUGCUGUCAUGUUUUUACUGGUGAUAAUAAACACUGACUUACUUUUUAAA